CAUCGAAAUGGUUGAGGGUCAGACAGCGGUUCAACAGCAGCAGCAGCAGCAACAACAGCAGUCGAAUGCUGUUGCUGCCAGCGUAGGCAGUGGCAACAGCUCCACUGGCGGAGGUGCUGGUGGUGGUGGUAGUGGUGGCGGUGCUGGCAAUGUCACCAGCACUGUAAACAGUCAGGCGCAACAAAAUGGCGGCACAGGCGUAACAACGGGCGCAGCGGCAGCAACUGCUGCUGGUGGCGUUGGCAGCAAUCAGGCCAACUCAAACAAUGCAACUAGCAACAACAAUAAUAACAAUAGCGCAGCCACAAAUAACAACAACAACAAUAACACAACAGCGAGUAAUAACAAUAAUAUAACAACAACCAUAACAACAACAACGCUAAAGAAAUUGCUUUACUACUUGCCACAAACAAUGUCGCAGGAUGAAAUUCGUUCAUUAUUCGUUAGCUUUGGUGAGGUGGAGAGCUGCAAGCUAAUACGCGAUAAGGUCACAGGUCAAAGUUUGGGCUAUGGCUUUGUCAACUAUGUGAAGCAAGAGGAUGCAGAGAAGGCCAUCAAUGCUCUGAACGGUCUACGCCUGCAAAACAAAACCAUUAAGGUCUCCAUUGCGCGCCCCAGCUCGGAGAGCAUCAAAGGCGCCAAUUUAUAUGUCUCGGGUCUUCCAAAGAAUAUGACACAGUCCGAUUUGGAAUCAUUGUUCAGUCCAUACGGCAAGAUCAUAACUUCGCGCAUACUUUGUGAUAAUAUCACUGAUGAACAUGCGGCUGGUCUCUCCAAGGGCGUUGGCUUUAUACGCUUCGAUCAGCGCUUUGAGGCUGAUCGCGCCAUCAAGGAGCUAAACGGCACCACACCGAAAAAUUCCACCGAACCGAUAACCGUUAAAUUUGCCAACAAUCCCAGCAGCAACAAGAACAGCAUGCAACCGCUGGCCGCCUACAUUGCACCACAGAAUACGCGCGGCGGGCGCGCCUUUCCAGCCAAUGCUGCCGCCGGAGCGGCCGCGGCUGCUGCUGCCGCUGCCAUACAUCCCAACGCUGGGCGUUACAGCUCUGUGAUCUCACGCUACUCGCCGCUUACCAGUGAUCUGAUUACCAAUGGCAUGAUCCAGGGCAACACCAUUACCAGCUCGGGUUGGUGCAUUUUUGUCUACAAUCUGGCGCCAGAGACUGAGGAGAAUGUGCUCUGGCAGCUGUUUGGACCAUUUGGCGCCGUGCAGUCCGUCAAGGUUAUACGCGAUUUGCAGAGCAACAAGUGCAAGGGCUUUGGAUUCGUCACCAUGACCAACUAUGAGGAAGCUGUGCUGGCCAUACAAUCGCUCAACGGCUACACGCUGGGCAAUCGGGUACUCCAGGUCAGCUUCAAGACCAACAAAAAUAAGCAAACGUAAUUAUUAACCAAGUUGGCUGCUGUUGUCAACGCCAAUGCGGCGGCAGCGGCGCUUGCGGCCAAUAGUUUGGUACUCAGUAGCAGCAACAACAACAACCAUCACAACCACCACCACAACAACAACAUUGGCAAUGGAAAAUAUGGUAACAACAGCAGGCAACACAACAGCAACCAAACGGGUAAACACAAACUACACACCACCAGCAAUGGCAAGCAAGCUUUAUCGCCUUUGGCCGAAGCAACAUCAUCAUCCGCAUCAGCAUCAAGCAGCAGUCGACAACAGAAGCCAACUACAUCAGCAACAACAAGCAAUAGCAGCAGCAGCAGCAACCACUCACCAACAGCAUCUACAAGCAAUGGCAACAAUGCCUCAUCCAAUGCCGAUGGCGGCGGAGGCGGCGCAUCCUCAUCCAGUUCCAGCAAUAUUUUGAAAACCUCCACAAAGUUUAUUUACAACAAGCCACAAAAUCAUUUCGAGCUGCUGCAACAGCAGCUGCAGCUGCAACAGGAAUUCGCACAUUUUUUAACAAAUGUGGCCAACAGUGCCGCGGCCACGCCCACGUCUAACAACAGCACCAAUAGCAACAGCAAUCACAAUCACAAUCACAGCGGCAACAUUACUGGCAGCAACAGCUUUGGCAAUCAGCGCAACUCCGCAAACAGCUCAACAUUGGGCAAUAGUUCAGCAGCAGCAGCUGGCAGCAGCAAGAGCA